UGUUUAAAAGCAGACAUAUUGGGAAGUACCACUAACAACAGACUUCCCAUUUUUGUGACCUCAGUGUGUGAAAAUGUGUCACAAGGAAGAAAUAGGACCGAAGGAGAAACAUGAGAGUCUGUCAGACGCCAGUAGAAACCUUCUGGCAGCAUAUGGUGUCCAUGGCAACGCGUGCCAACAUGGAGCUGGUGUUGGUGCGCCAUGAAUUUGAGUACCGGACUCGGGACGGUGGGCUUGUGUCCAUUAAGCCCAACGAAACCUACUUCCUGGUGUCCAGGACUGACCAACACUGGUGGCAGGUACGCUCCCAUCAGGACCACGCCAGGCCUUUCUACGUCCCUGCUCAGUACGUCAGCCGGCUGCCCUCACCUGCUCAGGGUGCACACCUUGGACAGCGUUCCCCUUCUGCUUCCUGCGGGGACCAGGCAGAGACCACACCUGCUUCCUGCGGGGACCAGGCAGAGACCACACCUGCUUCCUGCGGGGACCAGGCAGAGACCACACCUGCGCCACACACAGGAAGCAGUGGUGAUGGUGAAGAUGCCUAUGGAAAGGUGGAGUUGAGCGGUGGAGAAGAUGAGAGCCCUCAGUCUUGUUCCCCCCUUGAUGAUGUCAUGGCGGAGGACAACAUCACACACAAGGUGGACGAUGAAAGCGUGCAAGCACCAAUCUACGUCAACCUAGCCGAGUUCCGCCAGAACCCGAGCGGGUCGCCCCCUGACCACCACGGAUGGGAAGUGCAUGUUGACCCAGAGAGUGGACAGGAGUACUACUACCACCCCGCCACGGGGCGCACCACCUGGGACAGCCCCCUCGCAGAGUCGCCCCAAGAGCCCGCCGGCCCCGACCCCGCCGAGGAGCCUCGGCCCCCCGCGCCCACUUGGUGCCCCACCCGCAUCCUGUCCACCGCCUCCCGUCCGGCGUGGACCUCGGACUGGGAGCAGCUGAUGGAUGAGAGCAGCGGGCUGCCUUACUUCUACAACGCCAUGUCCGGGGAGACGUCCUGGGAGCCUCCAGGGCUGCAGAGUCCGUACCUGCCCGCGACGGAGCCUAUGAGCGUGCACCGGUUCCACCAGGACACGCCGCCUCCCCUGCCAGAGGAGGACUACCCAGGCUACGAUCUACCACAACCCCAGCAGGAGUCCUCAGUCCCGCCGCUGCUCCCCAGGGAGUACGACCUGAGCCAGGUGAGCCGCACCGUCAUCCCCAGGGCCGACCUGGACCGCAGCACCCCUGCUGGCUGGAGCCUCCACGUGGAACCUGACGGAACCUGGGUGUUCACCAGCGAGCACUCCUCGGAACAGUGGGUGAAGUCCGUGGACGACGUGGGCCAGACCUACUACUACCUAAGAGAUGGAUCCAAGUCCCAGUGGGACCUGCCUGAGGCGCUGCCCGCCGCCCCGGGUCAGUUCAGGGAGGAGAGUGGUGAGGACGGAGACACGGCGUGUGUCUUCAAGAACUGGAGACACGGUGUGGGACCCACCCAGCUCAGCCCAACCCAGGAUGACUUGAGGUUCCUCCCGACCCACCAGAGGACCCCGUCAGACUACAGCAGCGAUGGUUCCAGCACGGGAAAAAACUCUCCCGAGGUCACGCCCAACGUGCAGAACUUGGAGAAAGCUGGAAUCCUGAACAAAACUAAAGUGUCUGAAAACGGCAAAAAAGUCAGGAAAAACUGGACCCAGACUUGGACUGUCCUGCACGGAGGAGUGCUGACGUUCCACAAAGAUCCAAAAUCAGGGGCGCCGGGAGCGUUGAACAAGACCAAUCAGAUCGUCCCCGAGGUCAGGGUGGACCUGCGUGGAGCUGGCAUCGGCUGGGCCUCCAAAGACAAGUCCAGCAAAAAGAAUGUUCUAGAGUUAAAGAGCAAGAACGGUGCCGAGUACCUGAUCCAGUACGACACUGAUUGCAUCAUCAACGACUGGCACAAAGUCUUAAUGGACACCAUACGGCAGCUAGAGUACCAGGACCCCCAUUCGGAGGGCGAGGAGACGGACGUGUUUGAGAAGGUCGGCACUUUGGAGCGUGACGACAAGUUUGGAGGAGGCUUUGACGUGCGGAGAUCCUCCAGACUGAGCGUGUACAGCAGCGCCGCAGGAGAGACAGACCCCAAGAAGGUUCGCACCAAGCUGAUGAAGUUCCUGUCCAAGCGACCCUCGCUUCAGGCCGUCAAGGAGAAAGGCUACAUCCGAGACAAUGUGUUUGGCUGCCACCUGGACACUCUGUGUGCACUGGAGGGAACCACCGUGCCCAGGUUCGUGGAGAAGUGCAUCAAAGCUGUGGAAAGGAGAGGCUUGGACGUCGACGGACUCUACAGAGUCAGCGGGAACCUGGCCGUCAUCCAGAAACUGCGCAUCUUGGCGGAUCACGACCAACUGGACCUGGAUGACGGACAUUGGCAGGACGCUCACGUCCUGACGGGGGCGCUCAAGCUGUUCCUGCGUGAGCUUCCUGAGCCUCUCUUCCCCUACAGACACUUUUAUGACUUCAUCACAGCCAUCAAAAUGUUGGAUUACGACAAAAAGGUGGAUCGUAUUUGUAACCUGGUCCAAUCUCUGCCAGCAUCCAACCACGACACCAUGCAGCUUCUCUUCGGACAUUUACGCAGGGUGAUCCAGGCGGGCGAGGACAACCGCAUGACGGUGCAGAACGUGGCCAUCGUGUUCGGACCCACGCUGCUGCGGCCCGAGCAGGAGACGGGCAACAUCGCCAUGCACACGGUCUUCCAGAACCAGAUCGUGGAGUUGAUCCUGAACGAGUACAAGCGCAUCUUUCACUCCAGCUAGGAGUGCACCGCUCUUAUUUUGAAAACUCCUUCCUCCCACGUAAAGCAAUUUCCUUUUUUUUUGUUCCUCAGAACGUUUAAAAAUCAUCUUCAGUGUUCUUGAUGGAGAACAAUCUCGGUGUUUGUCAUCCUAGGAAGCUUCCAGAUCCACGUGUUGGACCCCCCCCCCACACCUUUAUUUUACCAGCUUUUAUAGCGUUUAUCUUUUUGUGUCUUAUUUUAAUAUUUGAAUGUUGACUUGUUUGUACCUACUGAUCUUAUUGUAACAUAGAAGUGUAUAGAGCUAUUAACGUGAAGUAGAGCUAAUAUAGAAUAUUUAAAUAAAGAUUUAUAAGCUGUAUUUAAAUAAAAAAUAAAAGCAAUUAGCCUGACCAACAGAUACUAACAGAGGAAAAGUCCUGUAAAUAGAAAUAUGUCAAAAAAGGUAUUCCAUAAUAAAAAUAACUUUGUAAAAAAA